UACGGCUCAUACCAGGCAUUGAGAGAUGUCAGCCCGUCAAGUUAGGGUAGGAAAAGACAUGCAUUUAUGUGUGGAUAUAUUGUCUUCGUCACCUGUGGUUUCCACUACAUGCUCAACAGGAUGGGACAAGCUGUCAGCUUUUUUUCUCCAAAUGACAGGAUUUGCAUUAAUAUAUUUUGAAUUUCUUUUUUCCCUUCACAAUCAUCAUUCUUUAGAAUUUUUCUCCUCAACAAAGAACGGUGUACCCAGUGGCCUUGAGUCAUAAAAGGGAGAGGGUGAAGGAUCAGUGAGUGGAUGCAAAUUGACAUGUUUAGUGGCUCAUACUAUUAUCUGCACUUUGUAUAGGCACUUCAGUUGAAGUCUCAAGCACUUGUUCCCCUAGCAGAGACUGGUGAGUGACUUUUGGAUAAAAACAGGCUAGAGAAUAAAGACUGAAGGAGUCUUCUACUCAUCUAUCCUACACUGUCAAGGACCACCCAGAUGGCGCCUCAAAAAAAAGAAAGAGUUACACUAGGGGCGUAAAGGGUUAAUAUGCACCAAGCAAUCUAAAUACUGGCAGUAGGAUAUGUAUGGCUUUUCAAUUGGACGUGUACCAUUAAAAAAACAGUUGCCAAGUGGUUUUCUGUUCAGCUAGAUGAAUCUAUUGCCCAUAAGGGACUAUUUUGCUUUUGGUUGGAAUGAGUUGUGUGUCAGAAAAUAAAUGGGUCUUUGUAAGCCCAGCUAACUGGGUCGUAUUUAGUCCAGCUCAGACCUAAUGGUUAAUGAUAACUUUAUAGUGACUAGGUAUACAAUAUGUAUAUUAGGAGAAUUUGAUCCAGUGAAUUUUUUUAUUUUUUAUGUUUUUAUUUCACUCUCUUGGUAUACUCCCAGGUAUGCAGAUUAAGGAUUUGAUGUAUAGUAAAGUCUAUGGUAAAGCAAAUGGAAGCCUGCCAUCUUUAUGAUCCAUGAGAGUCAAGAUGAGUCAAAGUAAUAUUCACUUCAGGAUGCAUGCCAUGAUCUCAGAGGAAUGGAGGGGAAAAACAAUUUGCUGAAAGAAUUACUUACGGCUUAGCUAGCACAUUGCGUCACCAGCCAAGGACAUCCUGGCACAUUGCCAUUUGUUUACCCUUAAUGCGGCACUUCUUGACACCCUGGUCAUCGCUCUGUGCACUGUACAUAGACUGGUAUGUGAUAAUAAGUCAAAAAUGUGGCCCCGGGGAUGGGGUCAUCACGUCUCACCUGUGUCUUUGAUUACAAAAUGUCAGAUGUCACAGCGCCUGCAGUGGUGCAUGCUCUUUUGCCCUCUUAUUUGUACCUCGUUGUAAAAACUUGUGAUGCGUGCAGCUUUGUCUGCAGUUAAGCUCGAGACACAUAAGGCUUCAGUUGCAGACAGAAAAUUGGUCAGAAAUCAAGUUUAGGAGGAUGGAGUUGUGGUGCACUCAUCUCUGCAUUACCAAGCCAAGCUUUGCUAGGAUGUUACAGAAAAUGGCCUCUGAUGUAGGCUCGGAUCUCUUCAACAACACUAGACAUACAAGAGAUAAUAACGUGAGUGGUAGCAGUAGUAAGUCCAGUACCCCAGUGACAGUAAGCAGUCAAGCCAACACUCCAGCUCCCAAGGAGCCUCCACUGACUGUCCUCAACCCCGCCAGGCCACCAGAGGAACGAGAGAGGGAAAGUGAGAAGGAGAACAAAGGCAUUAAUCACACACACCUACCCAACAGUCACUGCAGUAGCAGCAGCAGCAGCAGUAUCAGCAGCUGUAACAGCAGCAGUAACAGUAGCAUACCAAGCCACAGUAGAGGAAAUUCUUGGGGAAGUCCAAGUGCCAACUCAUUUCACAGUGUGUCACGUCAUUUGACACCAACACCCAAUCUAUCUCUGCCAAGUCGUCAUACACCUACAUUUCGCCAUACACCACCAUCGCUUCAUCCCCAUCACCAGUCACCGCAUAGUGUCACCCCAAUGUUUGCACCACCCAUCCCACCACCACCGCCGCUAACGUCCACGUCCCUUGGGCUGCCAUCAAAUUUGCCAUCCACUCCAUUUGGUGCAGACUCCAUAUCUUCGUUCCAUUCAAGCCAAGAGCUGCUUCAGCGCGAGUUAAACAAUCGUUUCCUCCAAUCUACUCAAGACCGCCUGGGUGCGCUGGGUCCCCCGCCAUAUUUGAGAGCUGAUAUCCAUCAGCACCAGCAUCAACACAUGCAUCAGCACCAGCAUACGCAUCAGCACAAUUAUGGGCCUUUUGCUCAUCAUUAUAGCAAUUCUCUCAUACCAGCCCCUACACCACAUGUGAAAUCUGGGUUUCUGCGUCCCCCUCAUGUUGGAGCUGGUGAAGACCCUCAAAAGUUUGACAAGUUUCUUCCCAAAUUUGGAGAUUCUCCAUUUUACAGACACAAUCUCCCUGGUCUACCCCCAGGAUACCCAGGGGUGUCCCCAGUCCUCCAUCCAGCAGCCCCUGGGGGGUUACCGGGAACAGCAGGAAUACAUGGGGCUUUCCAGCCAAGGAAUCUGCCCUCCAAUGUGAACCAUGCCCAGUUAUUGAUGUCCUUGAGGGAAAGAGGAGAAAGGAAUGCAGUUGAACAAACCCCUCAAAUCCCAGCUCAGAAAAAACCUGGCAAGUGGUGUGCAGUACAUGUGCGCAUAGCCUGGGAAAUCUACCAUCACCAACAGAAACAAGCAACAGAAGCACAGAAGAAUCCUGAUGCCAAACUGGCCCCAGAACCCUUACGUCCACCCACAAUUCCUGGCAGCUCUCUCCACCGCCCCCCUGAUCUCCAAGCGUCUGCGGCUCUGCUGGCAGGGCCCGCGAAGCCUGCCUCUCACAGUCGAAGUCCCUUUGAAAGCAGUCCUCACAGCGCAAAUUUCCUCUCAGCCAGCCACCUGGGCGUGUCACCUUUUGCUAGGCCAAGUCCAUAUGCAGGGCUUGGUCUGACAGGUUUGCCCAAUGGAAUGAUGAGAGAGCACCCUUCUCUGCCCAAUUUAACAUCCCCACAUGAAUGGAGUCGUCUCCACAGGACCCCACCAUCAUUCCCCACACCUCCCUCGUGGCCCAAGUCUGAACUAGAGAAGGAGAAGGAAAGGGAACUAUUAUUGGCAAAGGAGAAAGAUGAGAGGCAGAGCCUUCUGGAUAGAGAAAGACAUUAUGAGCGUGACAAGGAAAGAGAAAGAGAAUUUGAAAGAGAAAGAGACCGACUGGCUGGCAGACAUUCACCUGACAGGCGCAGAAGUAGUGUAGAUUUUGACAGAAGUCGUGACAGAGAAAGAACAGAAAGAUUUGAAGAUCGCAGGCGAUCACGCUCAAGAUCUCCACUUAGAAAUGGGCGAGAUGAUCUCCGUAGGGACUAUAUGACCAAGUCGGACAGUGCCUUUAACAAUUUACAUGAGAAAACUGACCUAAAAAUCAAAGAGGAGAGAAGGGAGGAUGAUGUUAUGAUUUUAGGAAAUUCUGAUAAAAGGAGUGACUUAAUGCAUCCUCCAGGCAUGCCUCCUCAUUCUUUCUCUGGACCUAGCUUGUUAGAUCCCAGGAGAUUAAUGGGGACUCCUUAUAGCUUACAUGGGGAACGGCCACCUCCACCACAUGGUCUGUGGAAUCCACUGAACUUUGCAGAGAGACUGCCUGAUAGAAGUGUGAUUGACUUUAACAGACACACACUGGAAAUAAGGGAGGAAUUGGCCAGGGAGAGAGAAAGAGAACUCAUGAAAAGGUUUCAGAAUCCUCUGGGUAGUUUGAUGGAGCACGAACGGCUCCGUGAACAAGCACGGCAGGAAAUGAUGAUGAGGGAACAUGCUGCACGUGAGAUGGAAGCAGCACGUGUUAGGGACAUGCAGAUGCUGUAUGAGCGAGAAUUCAGUGAACGUUCAAAAAUCCCUCCACUCAGACCAGACUCUUAUUUUACUCCCAGUGCGUCAGGGAGUAUUCAUUUUACAAGACCAGCGAGUCCUCUAGUCAAUCACAGUAGUACUACCAAGACUAACUCUCCAUCCAGUUCAGUGGGUGCUCCUCCACCCCUCAUUCCAUCUGGAACUGCCUCUCAUAACUCUCGGAGUCACACAAACUCGCCUGCAACAAAACCAAAAACAAGUAGUCCCUUAGCUGUUCCAGGAAAGGAGAGACGAGAGUCGAGAGAAACAAAUGGAAAUUCAACAGAAGUGGAUGCUCAGUCCAGAUGAAUCUGUACUGGAUACAGUAUCUGUAAAUGAAGCAGCAGAGCAUGCUAUAAUAUUGCUGCCUAAAAAAUGUGCAAAUUAUUGAAAAUUUAAUAUCAUGUAAAAAUUAUUUCUACUGUUUUGUAUGUUGUAGAUUUUUCCUAUGGUUGUACAUUAAUAAAGAUAAUUAUAAUGUGUCUGUGAAAAUGUAAUAUCAUAACUAUUAUAUUGUAUGUGGCCCAUAAUGUACAAAGUACAUUUUUUUGCAUCUUGGAAUACUUUUGCACAGAAAAGUAAAUUAUGUUAGAAGCCCGAACAUUGUCAAAUAUGACAAUUAAAUAUGAUUUACACUGCCAUGUCAAACAGCAUGAAUAGAGGAAGGUCUCUAAAUGUGACUGUCAGAAUAAGUUCUGCAUUCCAUGUGAUUAUAUAAUUAAUAGCAGCAACAGCUACCUGCAAAGAACUACUCGUCUCAAAGACGCCCAAACUCAAAGAUGAGAUGUAUGGUAGCAUCAAUUGUUUGUGCUUUUGCACUAAAACUCUACCAAAUUUAUCACUAAAUAGACUGAAGUAGAGAAUUAUUUACUGGUUGAUGACCAGACUAAUAAUGAAUGAAAGAUCAGAAAUAAAUUCAGGGUGCAGAUUAUGUAGCAUUUGGCAGAGUUGAAGUAAUUGUCUUAGUUGUUAAGUAUUAACAAGCAAGAGAGUGAAGAAGCCUUCAUAAAUCUAUUCAAUGAUUAGAUGCCCAUUUAUAAUAUUAUUUGUUAAUAUGGCUAUUUCAAGCCUAUUUAUACAGCAAUCCUUUACAUUAGGUACAUACCAGCAAGAUAAUUAUUUCAGGCUUUUUAUGCAUUAAUAUGUAUUUUAUAAGUCUUGCCUUGUCCUUUCGUGAAAGUUUCUAUCCUGUAAAGAAAUCAUGUUCUACAUUUUACUGUGAAGAUAAUAAAUAGCCUACAGCAAUGGUGGUGAAGUAUCAGUGGUUUCAAAUGGGUGUCCCCUUUGUGUGCGAUAAGUUAUAGUGAGCUUUAUAUCCAGUUCAAAAUUUUCCUUUGAAAUACAUUUUUUAAUGGUUUAUAAAGAUGUUAUGGCAAAUAUACAUGUAUUUGUUCAGACAGUACUGUGUAAAAAGUAGAAAAGCUGAUGUUAAGUGUACAGGUGCGAAAAAUAAAUUUAUUGAACUAUA